AUGCGAGCGGUCAUGCCACGGCAUAUUGCUCUCUUCCUAUACUCCUUCUUAGCCAUCUUCUUUGUCUCCUUUGGCGAUGCAGCAGAACAAGAACCACUGCAUGGAGCCGUAAACUCAGCCCCGAAGAGGGUGGCAGUAAUUGGGCUGAUAUCCCUGAUAGGAGCCGGAGCCGGAGGCUCGUUCGCUGCGUAUGAACUGCGCAAGCUAGCAGAUGAAACCAACAUCCCACUCGAAAUCACAGUCUACGAGCGUGAGUCUUAUAUCGGAGGCCGCUCAACAACUGUCAAUGCAUUCGACGAUCCGGCCUAUCCCAUUGAACUGGGCGCUUCCAUCUUCGUCCAGGUCAAUUACAACUUGGUCAACGCUUCUCGUGAUCUCGGGUUGACAGUUCACAGUGCUGACCAUGCACGGCCUAGAGAGACCGAUGAAAGUAUUGGAAUCUGGGACGGAAAGCAGUUUGUAUUCACCAUGAAGAAUUCGUAUAGCUGGUGGAAUAUCGGCCGACUCUUCUGGCGGUAUGGCCUUGCACCGCUCCGUACCCAGAACCUGGUGAAAAGCGUUGUUGGAAAGUUCUUGCGCAUUUAUGAAGAACCUUUGUUCCCUUUCAGUUCCCUCUCUAAGGCGGCUAUCGCUGCAGACUUGAUCAAUGCCACUUCCUCCCCUGGCGAUGUGUUUCUGCAGACAAACAACAUCGACUCACUAUUUGCGAGGGAGAUCAUCCAAGCAAGUACUCGCGUAAAUUACGGACAGAAUUUGCAGCUGAUUCAUGGCUUGGAAUCUGUCGUCUGCAUGGCCACGGAUGGAGCCGUCUCUAUUGAGGGUGGCAAUUGGCGCAUCUUCGAUGGCGCGUUGACGGCAUCGGGAGCCAACAUCAAAGUGAACACCACGGUCACUGACAUUAGACGAAGCGAUGAUGGAACUCUGCACGUCUCGGCAAAGCCAAAUACUGCUAUCAACUCAGAGCAUGAUACAUUUGACGAAGUUAUCGUUGCUGGUCCUUUGCAGUACUCGGACAUCUCCAUUUCGCCUCCCUUGGAGCGGACCCCAGAUGAGAUUCCAUACGUCAAUCUGCAUGUUACACUCUUUGCAUCCCCACACCGUAUCUCACCGGAGUAUUUCGGUCUUAAAGAUUCAAGAGCGCCUGAAACUAUCCUGACCACUUUGCCUGAAGGCCUUGAUCUGGGUUCCAACCCGGCUGGUGUUGGCCCCAGCGGUUUCUGGAGUAUCAGCACACUUCGAACAGUGGAUCGUUCUGCGGUGCAAUCUGGAGAAAACACACAGCAACAUUACGUUUACAAAAUUUUCUCUCCGGAGCGGCCCACUGGUGAAUUCAUUUCCCAGAUCUUGGGGCUAGAAAGUGAAACUAUGCUGAGCAAUACGACUAUUGGGGACCUCUCAAAGACUGAUGUCAGCUGGUUCCAUGAGAAGCUGUGGAACCCAUACCCUCUCCUGUAUCCGCGAGUGACGUUCGAGGAUACAAUUCUAGCACCGAAUGUUUGGUACACAGGUGGUAUUGAGAGUUUCAUCUCGACAAUGGAGACCAGUGCACUGAUGGGCCGGAACGUGGCAACUCUCAUGUCUCAGUCGUGGCAGAAGUAA